AUAUGGGAAUCUCACCUCAUAUUCUCCCGUGACUUAUGCACGACUUAAAAAAGAAAAGUUACUUGGUUUUUCGCACAAGGAUCAUGAGAACUAGUCUAUUAAGUAAUCCUUAUUCCACGCCAUCGGCAUAAAAACUCGACAGAGUCCAGAGCCUUACGAGCCUUACUUACCCUUCACCUCGUGAUCAUUUUCUUCAAAACUCAACGCUACCGUUUCUUUUGUUUCCUUCUGUUCCCGACUGAAUAUGAACCAGAACGAGAACUGUGAUCAACGUUGUUCUGAAAUAUGUGAGAAGAUAUUCCGUGCUAUUCGUCGGAUAGCUAGGGGUGGGGAGGCCCCCAAUUCUGCACAGUCAGAGGCCGAUCCUUCCGUUAAGGUCCCUGGCAUCAAGUCAAAAGCAGAAGGCGGUCGUCGAAUCACGUUGGUUCUUGAAAACGGUGAAGGAAAGUCCUCGACCUCAAAUUUUCCUGACAAUCAAGUGGCUAUAGUUGCUGCACGAACUGAACCGGUGAAGAACCCGGGCCACCAGGGACCUGGACAAUCUGCAACAAGAGCAGACGUUACCGAACCAGGAUUGCCGGUUCAGGGUUCAGGGUUGCAGAAAACCCAUCCAGGUUCGAAUACAGUCGGGAGUGUCCAUGAAAUUACAAUAACGCACAAGAGAGCUAAUAAGCCCAAGUUGGAGAGCACUUUGAGUGUCGAUCAAGAAAGCAAGAGAAGCGGACAUGAUAUGGACCACAGGUUCACCGACUACAUCAACAGAACGUGGCUCAAGAUUAGGUCCAUGUCAAAUCUUGGCGGAGGGAAGGAUCAUUCGUCCACGACGGAUACCGGGCAUGCUCAUUUUGAGGAAUAUAUUUCCCGAGGCCAGAAGAAGCUCAGAACAACUUCGAGCAUCGGUGGAGGUGGUGGUGGGAGGGGUUUUUCCUCUAAGUGAAGAGUUAAGACCCACCUGAAGUCUGAAAGUGAAAUGCUCAUCUCAAGUCUCAACUUUUGAUGAGAAAAGGUAUGAUCAAGAAUAAAACUUUCGGCUCACAAGUUCUGGUUCCUGAGUUUGCAAAUGGUGGUCCUUGUCUGAAUUGCAUCUUUGGGGUUAUUGAAUUCAUGAAAUGGCUCAAGCCGAGCCUCUUAAGUAAUUACAUUCGGGAUUAAAACAUUGGGUUUUGCUUCUUCUUUUUUUGCUUUUAUGUGGAUAAUGAUUUGUAACUUUUCCAAACAUUGUGAAGUUGGAAAAGAGCAGUGCUAUGUGUCUGGGAUUGGUUGAACUCUUGUAAUUUCCAUUAAGUUCAUAUGAUUGUGUAUGAUUUCUGAA